AUGUCUGUGGCUUUCACCUUUCUGGAUGAGGAAGUCCGGUCCGGCUACUAUGGAGCGCGGGUGCGGGACGAACGGUACGACGGAAGCGAGUUGCACUUCCUGAUAAAAUCCAACUGGAAAAGUUUGAAUGGUGAGGAGACUAAGCGGGCGGUCCUAUCUCUGAAGUCCAAGACUGCAGAGGAGAGGAUCGAGCGCAUCAAGCACUUGCGGCCCUACAUGCGCGCUUACGAUCCUCUAUCGGAGGAAAAGGACAAUCUUCAACGCAUAUGCCUUAAUAUCAAACGAUAUCUCAAUAUAUUCCUUCACUACGUGGCACGAGUGGCAGGGGACAAUAACUUCCAAGCGGCUGAUUCGGCUAUUGGAGAAGAAGCCAAAGAACAUACCCAACAGGUAUUGCCGCCUAGUUGGAUCAGUGACCAGGAAUUAAUGGAGUUAUUGGAUUUGCUUGCACGAGACUGGGGUGCGGCAGAGACAGAGCUCUGGAUCCUAGAAGAUCGCGCAAAUCAUAUGGAAGAUUUAACGCAAUUCACGUGGAUCCCGCGGGAGGAUGUAGACAAGAACAUCCGCGAGGCAGAAGACAGAGUCAGAGCGGGUCGGUCCAAAGUGAGAAAAGCGGCAAAGGCUGUGUUCGAAUGUUCUAUGCGGUUGAAAGACACGUUGGAUCCUAUUCUGUCUGACGCUCUUGAGCUUGCUCGAACAGACAUUUAG